UCAGGUUAUGUUGACAAGAGAACGGAUUGGCGAUUCCCUACCUCGACCUCCGUCACCUUCUCCGACGAGUGACCGUGACGGGAACGAUUCAAGCGUGAUUAAACCCGGUGAUGUUUCAAGCCGUUCCGAUCAAAUCGAUGUGGCUUUUUCUCACGGAAUCCAGGCCCGGGAACAAGAUGUUAAUGGAUUCCGGCGAGAUUCUGAUAUGUACGACGUAGAUAUGCAAAGAGGCAUUGGAUUAACUAAUAAACACCGACGAGAAGAAGAAGAGAGAGACGACGAGCGUUAUAUGAAACAUUUUCAUCUUCAGGAAGAUUCCGGCAAACGUUAUGCGGAUUCAACGAGAUCGAGUGAGGAACCUAAGGCUUCUCGAUUCAACACAUCGCCUGAUCAAUCGAGAUUGAGUGAUGAACCUAAGCCCUCUAGAUUCGUUCCAUCAUCGCUUGGUUACGAGUAUUCACCGUCUCAUGGGAAGAAUGUGCUGCUUAAGAACGAUAAAACUAACCGAGUGGAUUCGAUUUCUCGUGAGUGUAGUGAUUCAUCUCGUCAUAGUAGAGACAGAGAUACUAAUAGAUAUGAAUCAUCACCUCUGUCACAAGUAGGGUCUAGUGUGGCUGAUUUCCAAGAUGAAAGCUCUAGGCUUGUAAGUUCAGAUUCUGGAUGUUGCAUUCGUGGUAAUGAUUCAGAUAGAGUGGAUGAAAGAAGAAGAGAUUAUAAUGGGGAUCUUUCUGCGUCACAGGUUCUACUUACUAGACGUGUAGAUGAUUAUGUUGGUAGAAACUCACCAAGGGAUCAACGAGAGAAAUCGUUUCGAGGUUUUGGUUGUGGAGACCAUGAUUCACCAGUUGUGAGCAGGUGUGGCAAAGAGAUUGUGGAUGAAUCUCGCAAUCAUUAUCACAUAGGCUCUGAUGUAGCAGUGAAAGAGUUUCCCAGUGCUAGGCAUGAGACCAAGAAUAUGGUUAGAGAGAGUGAUAUUCUUAUGCAGACAAGUGGAUCUUUACCAAAGUCCUAUGUCUGUGGUUUAAAUAUAGCUGAUGUUGAUGUGGCCGAUACCCAUCUUGAGUUUUGCACGAAAGAGAGGAUGACUAACCAGUAUGAGUCCGUCAAAGAACAUUAUCCUUUUGUGGAGUUGGGACCAAGAGUGGUGCAGGAACGAGAUUAUGAGGAUGCCCACUACAGGAACUUUCGUAACAACGAAAGGAAGGUUGUUUAUUUGGAUAACAAAUGUCAAUUACUGAGAAAGGAUUAUCAAUAUGAUGGUGUUGACAGCAGGAAGAAUCUUGAUUACAGUGAGCCAAAUGCUGUGGUUGAUCAAGAUGACAAAGCUUCACAGAGCUUAAACAAAGAAAGAGAAGCAUAUUUGGAUAAGGAGAGAAAUGCUGUUUUGUUGGAUGAUAGAAGACGAAAUCUGAGCGAAGAGUAUCACUUUGGCAAUGAUGGUAGGAUGCAUUCCGAUGUUGAUAGAGCAGAUAUGUUGGUAGAUCAGGAUGGAAGAGUAGUGCAGCUUAAACAAGAAUGCUUAAAUAAAGGAAAGGCAGCAUACCUGAAUAAUGAAAGGAAGGAUGUUUAUCUGAACCACAAAAGCCAACAACUGGAAAAAGAUUAUUACUCUCGCUCUGAUGCUAGGAUUUAUCCCGAUGUCAACAGAUUAGAUAUUCUGGUAGACCGUGAAGGGGAAAAUAACAGAGGUCUAAGGUAUCGAGGAAUGUCCGUAAAUGAAAGAAGGGAAGCAUAUUUGCAAUGUGAAAACCAUCAACUCCUAAACGAUCAUCAAACUAGCUCCUAUGGCAUGAUGCAUCCUGAUGUUGACAAAUCAGAUAUUUUGGUAGACCGGGAAGAUUCCAGAGGUCUAAGGUAUAGAAGUGCGUCCUUGAAUGAUAAAAAGGAAGCAUAUUUGCAACAGGAAAGCCAGCGACUCCUAAACGAUCAUGAAACUUACUCUUCUGUCAUGAUGCAUCCUGAUGUCAGCAAAUCAGAUAUUCUAGUAGACCAUGAAGAUGCCAGAGGUCUAAAAUAUAGAAGAGCCCCCUUAAAUGAUAGAAAGGAAGCAUAUUUGCAAUGUGAAAGCCAGCAACUCCUAAACGACCAUGAUACUGACUCAUAUGGCAUGAUGCAUCCCGAUGUCAACAAAUCAGAUCCUCUGGUAGACCAUGAAGACGCUAGAGGUCUAAGGUAUAGAGGAGGAGUAUCCCUAGAUGAUAGAAAGGAAGCAUAUUUUCGAUCUGAAAGCCAGCAACUCCUUAAAGUUCAUGAAACUAACCCUUAUGGCAUGAUGCAUCCCAAUCUCAAUAAACCAGAUAUUAUUGCAGACCGGGAAUCUGCCAGAGCUCUUGAACUUAGAAGGGCAUACUUUGAUGAUGAAAAGGAAUCAUACAAAGAUUAUAGAAGGGGGGAUGCAUAUCUGCGUUACGAAAGCCAACAACUGAAAACAGAUUAUGACUACGGCAUUGAUGACAGGAUUUAUCCUGAUGUCAGCUGUUCAGAUAAUAUUGUAGGCCAUGGAGAUACCAACGCACUAGAGCAUAGAAGAGUAACCAUCAGGAAUAGGAAUGAAGCAUAUCUGGAUAAUGAAAGAAUGGAUGUUUAUCAACAUUACAAAAAACAACACCUGAAGGACUAUGAAUCUGGUAUUGAUGAUACGAUGUAUCCUCAUGUCGCCAAAUCAGAGAUUGUGGUAGACCGAGAAGGUGCUAGAGCUCUAGAGCGUAGAGGAGUAUCCUCGAAUGAGGGACGUGAAGCCUAUUUGCACUAUGAAAGCCAGAAACUCCUUAGAGAUCAUGAAAUUGAUUCAUAUGGGAUGACGCAUCAUGAUGUCAGUAGAUCAUCAGCUGGCAAGAAAGAUGAGGAAGCUCUUCGAUGUAGGAGGCAUCUUUUUGAUGACCGAAAUCAAGUCUACUUGGAUGAUGAGCGCUUGCAACUACGAAAUGGUGGCCAUGUUAAAGUUCAUCAAAAUAUGAGAUAUCCAGAUGGUAGACAAGAGAUUUAUCAUUCAAAUGAUAAAGUUUCUCGUACAAGACAUGAUCAUGGUCUCAGAGACGACCCAAGUGAGGUUAGACAUGAGAAUAUGGCUUAUGAUUACAACUACCGUGAUGUUAAGCAACGUGGAAAGUCUUACGAGAAGCCAGAUAGUGGAAGGGACCGUGAUCACCAAGUAGCCUAUGAUUACAGGGACAAGCUAGGGAAUUUUGCAGUGGAAGGAGGAACAAGCAAAGAAAAAUUCCGAUACUCAGCUGAUGAAAGGAAUUAUGGUAAUGUUGAUCACACAUCAACUCGGCGCCCUCGACUAUCAGCCAAAGAGCGGUUAGGUGGGCGUAUCGAAGAAGAUUCACGUGUUCAUGUGAAACAUCGACUGCAUCAGGUUAGAAACCCAAAACUAAAAGGUAAGUCCCAUAAGAGGAACUAAAAGAAUAUUAUUUCCUGAGGUCGUCACUUCUCUCAACAUGGUUAAUUCCUCAGAACAAGAUUUGAGAGAGAAAAGCUCAUAGAAAUUCAAGACUUAUGGGUUUCAAGAUUUGUAAUCUCGGUUCCUUCAUGGUCUGAAAAGGUUAGAAACAGGUUCUAGGAUUAGAGUUUUUUGGCAGUGGGGGAAGGAUUUGAGGCUAUUAUCUUGGUAAGAUAUGCUUCUUUUUGCGUUGAACUUGGCCUUUAGAAGUUUAUUUUUUCAGUUGUUUGGUCGGUGGUUUUCUAGACGUUGGUCAUUUUUUUUGGGUCUGAACAAGUAAAUAACUCAACAAGUUUAUAUAAUCUAACAACUUUUUCUUGUUACAA